ACAGAAUGAAAUGAAUCGUUUGAAAUCGGCUCUCCAGCGGGAGUAUGAAAGCGACCCCAACGCCAACAUUUCAUUGUACAACCCGAAGAAUACGCACGCGGUAGAGUUGUAUUUCCGAGGUGAGAAAACCGCCAAAGUAAUGGGAAAUCUAGCUGUGAAAAAUCCCGAAGAGGGCCAGAAGCUGUCCGGAGUUCUGGUGAAACGGGAUUUUAAGUAUCAUCUGUUGGCUGCGUCAGAUCUGUCGAAAUACACUGACAUGAGUAUGUCGGUGGUGACCCAGCGGCAGAGCAUCCACUGGAAGGGUUCCAUUGCCACGUUGAGACUGCUGCUGGAGCGCAUCGGCGGACCGGGAACCGUGUCGUCAGAAACGACGGAAAAUGACAAGAAGAUUAAAAUAUUUGACUGCAUCGAUCUGUCGUUCGACGGUAAGAUCGUCGUCAUGGAAUGGCAGGCCACCCCUGUGAACGAUAUGUACGCCGACACGGUACUGGCCACCCUGCUGCAGUCGGAACUGAGUGGCAGUAUGGUGAAGGGAGCAUCGGCUACAAAGCCGGACAAGAUGCACUUCAAGGAGUGCUUAAUUGAGACGCUGCAGGAAAUGUUCGGAGCGAGCUCCGUGCCGAAGCUGUUUAAGGGAGAUAGCUUGAGCGUGACCGUUCACGGCAAACAGGUGGACAUCAAUCUGAAUACUUUGGAAGUGUCAUGUGAACAGGAUGAGGUCCUGUAUCAAACGGUGAAGACGACCGUCAACAAGUUGCACCAAAAUCUUGUACAAGUAUCGUAAGUAUUUUAUAAUGGCUUCUUUAGGCGAGCCACACUCUGAUAGGCACGUAUAGAAUCGUUUAUCAUAUACAUUUAUCCAUUUUUCUCAUUAUACAUACAAACAAAUUGUAUUACAACCUUUAAAAAAAAGUAAAA